AAAAACAAAACUGAUUCACCAUUUCCCCGCAAGCUCUUAUUGCUUCCCCCAUCCCCAAAUUGGACAACACUUCUUCCUGCUAUGAUGGGCCCCUGGGCAUCAUGAACUUCAUUAUUGCUCCCUGGCUGGUAUUGAAACUGCCCAUCUGUAGUGGUCCAGUGCGUUGACCAUGCACCUGAGAAUCCACGCAAGACGGAGCCCUCCUCGCCGGCCGGCCUGGACGCUUGGGAUCUGGUCCCUCUUCUGGGGAUGUAUCGUCAGCUCUGUGUGGAGUUCUUCUAAUGUAGCCUCCUCCUCCUCCUCUUCUUCCUCUCCGGGAUCUCACUCUCAGCACGAACACCAUUUCCACGGCAGCAAGCACCACUCUGUGCCUAUUUCUAUCUAUCGCUCCCCUGUUUCCCUUCGAGGAGGGCACGCUGGUGCCACAUAUAUCUUUGGGAAAAGCGGUGGUCUCAUCCUCUAUACCUGGCCAGCAAAUGACAGACCCAGCACACGCUCUGACCGCCUCGCCGUGGGAUUCAGCACCACUGUGAAGGAUGGUAUCUUAGUACGCAUCGACAGUGCCCCUGGACUUGGCGACUUUCUCCAGCUUCACAUAGAACAAGGGAAAAUUGGAGUUGUCUUCAAUAUUGGCACAGUUGACAUCUCCAUCAAAGAAGAGAGAACCCCUGUCAACGAUGGCAAAUACCACGUGGUGCGCUUCACCAGAAAUGGGGGCAAUGCAACCCUUCAGGUGGACAACUGGCCAGUGAAUGAGCAUUAUCCUACAGGCAACACUGAUAAUGAACGCCUCCAAAUGGUAAAACAGAAAAUCCCCUUCAAAUAUAAUCGGCCUGUAGAGGAGUGGCUGCAGGAAAAAGGCCGGCAGCUAACCAUCUUCAACACCCAGGCGCAAAUAGCCAUCGGAGGAAAGGACAAAGGACGUCUCUUCCAAGGCCAACUCUCUGGGCUCUAUUAUGAUGGUUUGAAGGUACUGAACAUGGCGGCUGAGAACAACCCUAAUAUUAAAAUCAAUGGAAGUGUCCGGCUAGUGGGAGAAGUCCCAUCAGUCUCGGGAACAACACAAACAACCUCCAUGCCACCCGAAAUGUCUACCACUGUCAUGGAAACCACCACCACCAUGGCUACGACCACCACCCGCAAAAACCGCUCUACAGCCAGCAUUCAGCCAACAUCAGAUGACCUUGUUUCAUCUGCUGAAUGCUCAAGUGAUGAUGAAGACUUUGUCGAGUGUGAACCAAGUACAGGUAGGUCAGGAGGUGAAUUAGUUAUUCCUCUUCUUGUAGAAGACCCUUUAGCUACCCCUCCUAUUGCUACUCGUGUACCCUCCAUUACACUCCCCCCUACCUUCCGCCCCCUCCUCACCAUUAUUGAGACCACCAAAGAUUCCCUGUCCAUGACCUCUGAGGCGGGGUUACCUUGCUUGUCGGACCAAGGCAGCGAUGGUUGUGAUGAUGAUGGCUUGGUGAUAUCUGGGUAUGGCUCAGGGGAAACCUUUGACUCUAACCUGCCCCCUACUGAUGAUGAAGAUUUUUACACCACCUUCUCCUUGGUAACAGAUAAGAGUCUUUCCACUUCAAUCUUCGAAGGUGGCUACAAAGCGCAUGCGCCCAAGUGGGAAUCCAAGGACUUUAGACCUAACAAAGUCUCGGAAACUAGUAGAACUACAACCACCUCUUUGUCCCCUGAGCUGAUCCGCUUCACAGCGUCCUCCUCGUCUGGGAUGGUGCCCAAAUUGCCAGCUGGCAAAAUGAAUAACCGUGAUCUCAAACCCCAGCCUGAUAUAGUCUUGCUUCCGUUGCCCACUGCCUAUGAGCUAGACAGCACCAAACUGAAGAGCCCACUAAUUACUUCCCCCAUGUUCCGUAAUGUGCCCACAGCAAACCCCACGGAGCCAGGAAUCAGACGGGUUCCGGGGGCCUCAGAGGUGAUCCGGGAGUCCAGCAGUACAACAGGGAUGGUCGUCGGCAUUGUGGCUGCUGCCGCCCUCUGCAUCUUGAUCCUCCUGUAUGCCAUGUACAAGUACAGGAACAGGGACGAGGGGUCCUAUCAAGUGGACGAGACGAGGAACUACAUCAGCAACUCGGCCCAGAGCAACGGCACGCUCAUGAAGGAGAAACAAGCCAGCUCCAAGAGCGGCCAUAAGAAACAGAAAAACAAGGACAAGGAGUAUUAUGUGUAAACAUCACACCACCAGUCGUAUGCGAAUUGAAAACAGAAUUAUUUCUAUACACACACCUGAAUACUUUGACAAUGAGAUUUAACUUGUUGGAUAUGUUCUGUGAGAUGGGGUAUACCACGACUAUGGUGGGAAAAACCAUUUUUAAAAGGACACAUACGAUGGUGUAUCUCUCUGUAAUGGUGAGCCAUGGUGCAAGGUCAUAGCCUUUGCCCGAAGACAGAAAAUUCUCUCUGCCCUGCUGUAUCAUAAAGCACACACUUAGUGCCCUGGAGCAAGUCCAUGACUCCACUUGACUUUGGAAGCUUCCUUCUCUCCGGGACCUUUUGAAAGGGGUAGAAGACUAUGUGACUUACUUGUUCCUUCGAUCCAAGUGAGUCUGUAAUGAUGUUUGUGACUCUCGACUGUAACAAUGUUGGCUUAUUUUUUGUUUGUUUGUUUAAUUAUGUAAAAAAACAAAAAACAAAAAAAUGAGAAAAGAAAAAUGCUUUAAAAAAAUACAAACAAAACAAUACAAAAAAAAAAAAAAAAAAACAAAAACAAAAAAAAAAACCCAGAAAUACCCUUAUCUGGUUCUGACCAGUGUGCGUGUAACUUUCCAGGAUCUGAGGGGAAAAUAACUUUUGGGUUUUCAUUUAUUUUUUUGACAAUGACUGCACAUAAGAAGAGAAGGAAAAAGAAUUACUCAGAAAGAAAGUAUGAGACUCUUGCCAUAUGAACUCAAACUCAACCAUGGCAUUCACUCCACGUAGCAGGUUGUGGUGUCUCUAGAAUCAAUCGUUAGUUUCCUAAUGCUUUGGUGAACCCAUGUGGUGAAUGAGAAUCCGUUUGCAAAGCAGGUCCCCAAGAUCUAAUUCCAAUAUUUGCCAUUCAAACCUACGACAGAUGGGUUUUGGGGCUGGUGUUUUGGUUUCACUUAACAAACACUGUCCCUGUCCAUCAACCCAAACUGUGUGAACAGGGCAAACAUAAGCCUCACAAAUUAAAGCAGAGCCUUUCCAAGGGAAGGGAGGAAGGGAAAGGGGGUGGACUGGGUCUGUGAAAUGCAUGCAAACAAAGAACAAAAAAACACAAAACAAAAACGAAAAGACAAUGCUAGCAUCUGUUUCAACAGACUGACUGCAGGGGAGUUCCCAACUCGUAACGCAACCACAAAUGGUCACACAAGCCGCAUCAUGGCCGAGUGUGAAAGUCAUAGUUAUUCCCCCACACCCCCGACAUGAUAACGGUUUCCAUGUGGUUUAACGUUGUAGCCUGAUGUGAGUAAACCCUUUCCAUCUCCUCAUGUCUCCCUUCGCCCAAUCUUUUUUUUAGAAGACAAAUAAAUAAAUGAAUAAAGCUGCUGUGACACAAACACACAAAAGGAAUUUAAUAGUAUAAUAUAUAUAAAUAAAUAUAUAUACAGAUAUAUUUAUCAUGGUAUGUUUGGUGGGAUGACUGACACAGAAACCUGUUAAAGUCUUGAAGUGGAAUGAGAAUGUUAUUUUAAAAGAAAAAAAAUAACAAAACAACAAAAAAGUAAACCUUAAAAUGUGAAGAAAGUGUGAGUUUCUUUUUCGUUUUGUCACAGUUAACUGUGUCAAAGAGAAUUUAAACAACAGAUAACAGAAACUUCUCAGAUUUUGUUUACAUAUUUUACUACAUUUUUGCUGGUAUAACCCCUCAGUCGUGUAUGUACAUACCGCUUUAAGAACUGUUAUUUGCUUUCUGUCUGUUUAUUCGGUUUGUGUCCCAUUCUCUUUCUGUCUUCUUUUUGUAAAGAGGAAGCAAUGUACAGAGUUAAAAAAAAUAAUAAUAAUAAACAAACUGGUUUCGUUGCCAUAGCCAUUCAAAAAGCAAGAAGAUUAAACAGGACACAUGCUCGCACAGAGGCGGGGUGUGUCAUCUGGAGGGGCAGGCGUAUGCGAUUUCUCUUGUACAGAUGAAAACCAAUCAGCUGUUUAGAUUUAGAAAUCUACUCUUGCUGGUCUUUGUAAGUUGCAUGAAUAUUUGACUUUGAAAAACAAUUAUCCUAAAGACAUGGGGCAGAAGGCGCAGUUUAAACAACGGCAAGCCUUCACUGAUGUGUAUGGAAAGUGGUGUUCCUCCUUAUCUGAGAUCUCAAUGUGUUAAGAGUUUCCCUUUUUUUUGGUUGUUGUCAUUAAAAAGACAGGACUGUAAAAGAGUAUCAAAGCACGAUUUUAGAUAAAUGGCCCAGCCCAUAUGAAGUUGAUUAUAUCUCGAUGUCUGUGACGGAUUGCUGUUCUUGGAGUCGUGAGAUCUUGUGAACUGACCUUCUCCUUUCUUUCCAUUUUUUUUUUUAAAUCGGAGUAAAAUCUCAUUUGUUAUAUUCCUUUUAGUGUAAGUUAAUAUCUGGACAGUUUUACGGGAACCUGUGCAUUCUGUAUGCGAGCUUUCAUCGGAUUCCUGUUGUGUUCUUUGCAGACCCUGAAAGAGAUUUUUUUCAUAACGUUGUGAUGUUCCUGCUUUUUUUGUUUUGUUUUUUUUUUUCUUUUCUCUUUUAUUUCCCAUUUGCUUUUUCGUUCAAGGAUAUGCUUAGCAAUAAAAUGUUCUUCCCAAAA